GCACUUUCUGAAAUACGCGAAGUAAAAUUAGGCUGUUCUCCUCGCAAUAUUCGUGCUCUAUCACGCGCAUGCCGUGGUUCUACAAUGGGACCUGCUGGCGCUUUUUCAUCUCCUACCAGCUCCCCACUUCCACUGUUGGCCUCAACGGCUGCUGCCUCUGCUUCAGCAGCUAACCCCUUUUCGUCCUCUGCUUUUUUAGCGGGUGGAUCUCAAACUGUCAAUAACUGGUUUCCAGGCUCUAAUUCAAGCAGAAUGACUCGAGCCCGUUCCGAACUCUUUGCUUUUCCAAACACAUCCGUGCCUAAUUCUCAUCUUGCUUCUUCAUCUCUUUUAUCCUCCCCAUCUGCUGGUAGCAGCUCUUUUGGCUUGACACCCUGUGGAAAUUCCUCUACUUCAGCAAUGGGAAGCCUUGCUGGUAGUGUAAUGCAACUGUCUUUACAGGCUACCUGUUUUAGUAUCUUGUACGGUCCGCAGUGUGACUUGCUCGAAGUGAUGGCCAGUUCACCAGAUGAAGCCAAUAUUUGGAUAGCCGGAAUUACCUGUUUGAUUACUGGCAAGCGAUCAGGUUACGGCAAGCAUAUCUAG